GAAAAUAAAGAUAUUAGAUUUUAGCUCCUGCAAGAAAAUUUGGAUCGAGAAUGGCAGCUACAACUGAAACCGCUCCUGUCGCUCCACCGGCAGAACCAGCCGCUGUCAAGAAGACAAAGAAGCAGCAGCCGAAGAAAGUAGUGGGAGGCGCAAAAGCCAAGAAACCCUCCGGGCCCAGCGCGUCUGAACUGAUCGUCAAAGCCGUGUCCGCCUCUAAGGAGCGCAGCGGGGUGUCCCUGGCCGCUCUCAAGAAGGCUCUGGCUGCCGGAGGAUACGAUGUGGACAAGAACAACAGUCGACUCAAGCUGGCUCUCAAGGCCUUGGUCACUAAAGGGACUCUGACCCAAGUCAAAGGGAGCGGAGCCUCCGGAUCCUUCAAACUCAAUAAGAAGCAACCGGAGACCAAGGAAAAGGCGGCCAAGAAGAAGCCAGCGGCGCCCAAAGCCAAGAAAACCGCAGCCGGGGCAAAGAAGGCGCCCAAGUCCCCGAAAAAGCCCAAGAAGGUCUCGGCAGCAGCAAAGAGCCCCAAGAAGGUGAAGAAACCGGCAAAGGCCGCCAAAAGCCCCAAGAAACCGAAGGCUGUUAAAGCCAAGAAGGUGGCCAAGAGUCCCGCUAAAAAGGCCACCAAGCCAAAAGCUGCCAAGAGCCCAGCAAAGGCCAAAGUCGCCAAACCCAAAGCGGCUAAAGCCAAGAAGCCUGCGCCUAAGAAGUAAUGUGCCCGCAACCCCCGCUCAUCCCACCAAAGGCUCUUUUCAGAGCCACCA